UGGGAAGAUGGCUGGAGUGGCAAUGGUGGCUGCGGGUGCCAGGGAUCCGUGUUGGAGGUGGGGCUUGACGGCCGUCUCCUUCGGCUUCCACCGUGGCCUCAGGGCGUUACUUGCACGGAGGUCCGACACGGUGCCACUGUUGCUCCCAGACAGAUGGUAUAGCAGCAACAGGAAAACAUUUUUGAUGACUCUCUAUCUUAUUGCCUUGAAAUUUCCACCUCAUCAUGUAUUUUGGAAGAAUCAAGAUUGGACCUUGCUCAAAGAAGUUUGCAGACAAAAGACAUCAGUCUCUUUCCUUAGUCGACCAGAUCUUCCAAACCUGGCUUAUAAGAGGCUAAAAGGCAAAAGUCCAGGAAUUAUCUUCAUCCCUGGCUAUAUUUCUAAUAUGAAUGGUACAAAAGCAAUGGCGAUUGAGGAGUUUUGCAAAUCUCUAGGUCACGCCUAUAUAAGGUUUGAUUACUCAGGAGUUGGGAAUUCAGAUGGUAACUUAGAAGAAUGUACAGUGGGAAGAUGGAGAAAAGAUGUUCUUUCUAUAAUUGAUGACUUAGCUGUAGGACCACAGAUACUAGUUGGAUCUAGCCUUGGUGGAUGGCUUAUGCUUCAUGCUGCAAUUGCACGGCCACAAAAGGUUGUGGCUCUUAUUGGUGUAGCUGCAGCUGUAGAUGGCCUGGUGACAAAAUUUAAUCAGCUUCCUGUUGAGGUGAAAAAGGAAAUAGAGAUGAAAGGCGUCUGGAGCAUGCCAUCAAAAUACAGUGAGGACGGGGCUUACCGCAUUCAGUAUAGUUGCAUUAAAGAAGCUGAACACCACUGCCUGUUACAUAGCCCUAUCCCUGUGAACUGCCCUAUAAGAUUGCUCCACGGCAUGAAGGACGACAUUGUACCUUGGCAUACAUCCAUUCAGGUUGCUGACCGCGUAGUCAGCACAGAUGUAGACGUCAUCCUUCGAAAGCAUAGUGAUCACCGCAUGAAGGAAAAAGCGGACAUUCAACUUCUUGUUUACACUAUCGAUGACUUAAUUGACAAGCUUUCAACUGUAGUUAACUAGAAUCACAUUGUUAGUUGGUAUAUAAACUAAUGGAUCCAGAGAUUGGGAGAGGGAUAACAAAUGGAAGACCCUGAUACUUUGGAGGAUUUUUUCCUCUUGCCACUGUUUUGUAAAUAUCACAUGAAGUUUUAUUUAAUGAUGUCUUUGCACUUAAGUGAUACAAAUGGUGAAGAAAGUACAGUUGUCCUUCUGUGUCUUCCAGGGAUUGGUUCCAGGACACCCCCAGCUCUUGGAUACCAGAAUUCAAAUAUGCUCAAGUCUUAUAGGCAUAGUAUUUGCAUAUAGCCUACCCACAUAUUCCUUUAUAGGCAUAGUAUUUGCAUUUAAUCUACACACAUACUCCUGUAUACUUUAAAUCAAUUCUAGAUUAUAGAUUAUACCUAAUACAAUGCAAAUGCUAUGUAAAUAGUUGUUUUGCAAUAUUGUUUAAGGAUCAACUUUCUGGAGUCUUCUUUUUUUAUUUUUUUAAUUUUUUUUAGUAUUUUUUGACCUGUGGUUAGUGGAAUCCAGGAAUAUGGAACCUGCAGACACAGAGGGCUGACUGUACCAGCUGCUGGAGAAUUAGAAUAUCUUCUUCCUUCUGUCCCCGAUUCCUUUUUUCAUUAAUAUAUUUCCUAUUUUUUAUUCAAGAGAUGUUUAACUUCUAGUGCUUUUGUUAACUGUGCCAGCUUUUAAUUGUGGUCUCUCUUUAGAAUUAUUAAUAAAGCUUAAAAUUUUUGUAUUUUGGUAUCAUUGUACGUGGAGAUCUGUAAAAUUCUAUCUUUAAAAUGCAGUUCACAAAAUAUAGGAAAAUAAACCUGAAAUGAUGAAGGAAAUGUGAAGCA